CGCAGACGGAGACUUGGGGAGCAGUGCCGGGGACUACAAAGCACACUUGAUCAAACUGCAUCUCAAGUUCAUACAUGUCUCUUUGCUCAAGAUGAAUUUGACUCUGUAAGGGCUAAACUGUGAAACUUCAGUUAACUAAGUGCCACCACACUGAUGAUUCACAGUUCAGGGCAGGCUGUUUUGUAACAAGAACAUCCCACAACCAGAAGGUCACACGUCAAAUCUUUGCAACAGCCAGUGAGUCCAUCUCUGAAUGCUACAUACAUGAUGUAAAAAGUGAGUGGAGCUGCUUGCCUCUGUUACAUCCUGAAUCCUGGAGGGAACCCUGAUGACCUUUUUGGCUGCCCUCCCCAGCUCCCAUCCUCCGCCUCCUCCUCCUCCCCCUCCUCUUUCUUAAACUCUCUUCCCCACCUCCUCUGUGUCUCCCAGCCUGAGGCUUAUUACUCAAACAGGCUGAAGAGAGCAGCACAGUAGCUGGCAAAGGAUGAAGCAGGUCUGCCUGCCAACGCCAAACAGGAGAUAGAGAGAAGACACAAAGAAACAAGAGAAGGGGAGAGAGAAAGAAAAAGGGAGAAAAGAGUGGAGAGACAGAGAGAGAGUGGGAGCACUACAACAAAGCUGUGAGAGAAGCAGUAACAACAUUGAAGAUGCCCCGCAGAGAGAAAAACACAAGCUUCACUUGAGUGCCAUGAGCUAGCAAGGGGCACCAAACAAAUCUAGAACUGUCUACUCAGCGGACUUGUGGCCCACACAAACACACACAAAGUAUCGGAGAUAUCCAACCUCACAAACACCACUGCUUUCUGGGGCUCGUAUUUCCCACCUGUUAUGACUCUGUGAGAAGCAUUGGCCAUGCCAGCCAAGGGGAAGUAUCUAUUGAACGACCAGGAGCUAAAACAUGAGGCGCUGUACCGCAAAUUCUCCUGCAUCAGCCAGUAUCAGCCACUGGUGCUGCUACUUGGCCUCUCCAUGCUCUCCUGUGGAAUCCUCCUCAUUCUCUUCUUCGCCCUUGGGCUGAGUGCACCAAAGCACGUUCCCUUUGUGAGUGUGGUGAGCUGCAGCCUGUUUGUGUUCCUCGCUGUGUUUUUGCUGGUGUGCACAGAUACGCUCACACAGCGAUGGAGACGUUUGCUAGGCCUGGUGGUUUGGGCCACGCACCUCACCAUGGGCUAUACCUUCAUCUUCAGCAGCCGCCUCAUCCUGCCUUGGGACCAGGUGCCAUUCUUCCUCUUCAUCAUCUUCACUGUGUACACCAUGCUGCCUUUUCAGUUGCGGUACGCUGUGGUGUUGAGCGUCAUAUCCUCACUCUCCUAUAUCCUCGUCCUUACACUGCACUUGACCGUUUUCAGCCAUGAAUCCACUCCUUCCUUAGUCAACCAGCUGCUGUCCAAUGUCGUGGUGUUUCUAUGCGGCAGUGUCGUGGGAGCCUUUCAUAAGGUCCUGAUGGAGAAAACCCUCAGGCAGACCUUCCAAGACACCCUGAGGUGCCUGAGCAUGCGUAUGAAGCUGGAGAUAGAGAAGAGACAGCAGGAGAACCUGCUGCAGUCUGUGCUGCCAGUCUACAUCUCCAUGAAGAUGAAACUGGCAAUUAUGGAACGUCUGCAGGACUGUAAAGACAAAGAGGAGCAGCAGCGACUUGUCAAAGAUAACAAUUUUCACAGCCUCUAUGUCAAGAGGCACGAGAAUGUCAGUAUCCUUUAUGCUGAUAUUGUUGGCUUCACUCAGCUGGCCAGCGACUGUUCUCCAAAGGAGCUGGUAAUUAUGCUGAACGAACUGUUUGGCAAGUUUGACCAAAUCGCCAAGGAAAAUGAGUGCAUGAGAAUCAAGAUACUUGGAGACUGCUACUACUGUGUGUCAGGACUGCCAGUCUCUCUGCCUAAGCAUGCCAAGAACUGUGUAAAGAUGGGCCUGGACAUGUGUGAGGCCAUAAAGCAGGUACGGGAGGCCACAGGGGUGGACAUCAACAUGAGAGUGGGCGUGCACUCUGGCAACGUGCUGUGUGGCGUGAUUGGCUUACGCAAGUGGCAAUUUGAUGUGUGGUCACAUGAUGUCACCCUGGCCAAUCACAUGGAGUCUGGAGGUCUUCCAGGGCGCGUGCACAUCACAGAAGCAACUCUGAAGCACCUGAACAAGGCCUACGAAGUGGAGGAGGGCAAUGGCCAUCUGAGGGAUGCCUACCUGAAGGAGCUCAAUGUCCAAACCUACCUGGUCAUUGAUCCACGGUCUAAGGACCAGUCACUGAACAACCGCAGCGUGCCUAAACCUCGGGUGAAUGAUGGUCUGAAGAUGCGGGCAUCUGUGCGUAUGACCCGCUACUUGGAGUCCUGGGGGGCUGUCAAACCCUUUGCCCACCUCCAGAGCCGAGAUGGCUUCACCACAGACACCAUGGUCAAUGGCAAGACACGCUGCAAGGAUAUCCCUCUGCGAUCAGCCCCCUGUUCCAAGAUCACUGAGAGCUUUGAUGAGUCUCUAGAAGAGCCCUUCUCCUUGCCUGCCCCUCCGUUCAGCAGCUAUAAGAACAAGUCCCAGAAGAGCAAGUUUGAUGAGGACCUGCACAAUGAGAUGACUACUACCAUUGAUGAGCUCAGCAACAAGCAGUGGUCUAAGUCUGAGGAGACUAGCAGCCUAGCUCUGUGGUUUCCAAAGAAAGACUUGGAGAAACAGUACCGAGCCCUUGACUUGCCAAUGUUCAAACACUAUGUCGGCUGUGCCACCUUCAUCUUUCUCUGCAUCUUCGUGGUUCAGAUGUUUGUCACAAAUGAUCCUAAGAAGCUGGGGAUGUCAUUCGGAGUGCUGGUUUGCGUCCUCCUGCUGAUCCUGGCCAUCUGUUUUGCAGGUCACCUGCAGCACCUGUUUCCAGAGAAGCUGUCCAGCUGCCAGUGGCUGCCAGCUGUGUCGGAGGCGGUGGUAAAGCGGCCAUGUGUGCGCCUCCCUCUGGCCACAAUCACUGCUGCGGUCACUGUUAUCCUGGCGGUUUUUAACCUGUGCUUCAUCCAGACACCUUCGAUAGAUUGUUCCAGUGACACUGCAGAACUGCAUCGCACAAAUGACUCCCAUGAGCUGCAGUUUGAUUUCUUCUACCUGCCUUACUCCGUGUACAGCUGUAUCCUGUCCCUCAUUGCGUGUGGAGUCUUCCUCAGGGUGAGCUUCGAGCUGAAAGUCCUCUUCCUCGCCGUGGCCUCUACAACCUACUACAUCAUCAUCCUCAGCACCAAGAGGGAGCUCUUCAUGGCCUACGGACACUUCCUCUGUUUUCCACGCAGUAAAGGCUGGAACUGCAGCAGCACUGAAGAUGAAGACAUCCUAAACGGGCUUGGCCUUGUUAAACAUCCCCAGGUGAUGAGUUGCAUUUAUAUCACCUUGUUUCUGGUCACUAUGCUCAUCAUCUCACAGCAGAAUGAGUCCUGCUUUCGCCAAGACUUCCUAUUGAAGAACAAGAACCACACGGAGCAGGACGAGAUUGAAACCAGGGAGAAUCUGAACCGCCUGCUGCUGGAGAACGUGCUGCCGGCCCAUGUGGCAGCUCUAUUUGUCGGGGAAAAUAAAAAGAACGAGGACCUCUACUACAAGUCCUAUGACUGUGUGUGUGUGAUGUUCGCCUCGGUACCGGAUUUCAAAGAGUUUUACACAGAGUGCGACAUCAACAAGGAAGGCCUGGAAUGUCUGAGGCUUCUCAAUGAGAUCAUUGCCGACUUUGACGAGCUGCUGUCCAAGCCAAAGUUCAGCGGUGUGGAGAAGAUCAAGACAAUUGGCAGCACGUACAUGGCUGCUGCAGGGCUCAGCGGGGCUCCUGGCCAGGAGAAUAAUCAGGACAAGGAGAGGCAGCAGGCCCAAAUAGGGAACAUGGUGGAGUUUGCCAUCGCUUUAAUUGGCAAGCUGGAUGGCAUCAACCGACAUUCCUUCAACAGCUUUCGGCUCCGCGUGGGUAUAAAUCACGGCCCAGUGAUAGCAGGGGUGAUUGGUGCGAGGAAGCCUCAGUAUGACAUCUGGGGCAACACCGUCAACGUGGCCAGCAGGAUGGAGAGCACUGGCGAGCUGGGAAAGAUACAGGUUACUGAGGAGACGUCAGAUGUGCUGCAGAAGCUGGGCUACUCCUGUGAGUGUCGAGGUCUCAUCAGCGUCAAGGGCAAAGGGGAGCUGAAGACCUUCUUUGUGUGCACAGACAUGAGCAAGCAGCAGGGCAUGGGCCUGAGCUGAGGCCAGGCUGGGACACACACACACACACACACACACACACACAUACAAACACACAAACGCACACACACACUCUAAGCCUGGGGUCUGCUGGCACAGCCGACUUUCACAGACACUCAUGUACACAAGUGGAGACACUGCAAGUGUUCAGACAGACCUGAUUGCACUGUUUCUGUGAUGGUGCCGACUCAAAAUAUGGAGCCUGAUUAAGGACUCGGAGGGAGUGCGUUCUCACUGUGGUUGGGACGUGUCGAAUUGUCAGGAUUUGGCAGUCGUGGAUUGCAUGCUGGAAAGGUGUACAUACACUUGCCAUCUAUUUUCUAUUCAAACACACAUUCAUGUCCAGUGGUCAGUCACUUUUGUACUUCUCUGUCUAUAACUUAGAUGUUUGUGAUGGACAAAUUGUGUGUUGUACUUAACGCCAAAUACAGUUGUGUACUUGCUGAAGAAAAUUCUUUGAAAAAUGAAACACGCUUCUAAAUCUGAAAUACGAAGUAUGCUCUUAGGAUCACAUGUUGAAGCCUGUACUGUAUGGUUUUCCUGUUCGAUGAGCUGUGGACACUCUGCUCUGUUACUGUGUAAUGGGCAAGGUGUGUGUAAGGCCUUCCUGUUUGAAUGUCAGAGACAGACUGGACAAAUAUGAUGGUGCAAAAUAAUAAUUAAAAAAAAAAUCACUUUAUACAGUUUUUUUUUUGUUUUUUUUGUCUCUAAUUAAAGUUAAGAAUCAGUUCUCCUGUGAGGUCUAAGUUAGGUUUAGGUGUAUAAUAAUUUUCUGCUAAUUCUGACCAGUUCCAGCCAGUAACAGCCAUUUAACAUUUCAUGUAUGACAGGGUAUUUGCUAAGGAGUUUCAGGAGGAAAUACACAAAUCCAUGUUCUGUAUGUUGUCCUCUGCCAGUUGUUUUUUAUUCUUUAUAGAUUAACCAACAUCAACCUCCAGUGUGUCUUAGGCUGCCUGUCUGCAUACAUGCUGCUAUGGAAGAAUCUGUCUCCUUGGUGUCUUUGAGUCUAUUUAGACGUUACUACCAGUCUGCUGAGGCUGGUUUUGUGACAACAGCUCUAAUGAUCAUCUGAAGUGAUCUGCAUCGCUGUCUGCGCCUCAAAACUUGAUUCGUCUUGUGGCCUUACCGCUCAACUGCCAUUUUGUCUGUAAUUAUGGUUACAUAAUGUAUUGGCCUUCAUGUGAACAAAUGUGAGUUUGAAUUUUGUACAGUUACAGAAUAAAUGGUUUCAUACAUU